UCGCCGCGUCGGUCAAGCGCAACGCUUUCACGCGUGGCUCAACGCUUCCGCCCCUGCUCCUUGUUCCACACGUCGAUGCUCGCGCAGACUCUGACCCAACGAGCAAUGCACCCGAUCGAUGGCAUCACACGCGCGCGAGCAGCGUCCGAUGCGACCGUGCAUGCAAGCCUAUAGAGUAUGGGCUCGCCUCCCCUGCGCCGUAGACACUGGGUCGUGGUCGCAUGCAGGAUGGUCAUGGGCGGGAUUACGUCGGUCUGUUGUGCUGCCCACAACUCUCUUGCUCGCAUUCUCGCCCUCAUGUCUCCUGCCGCCUGCUCGUGACGCUCGCGUGUUCGUUCGAUGGCGCGUUCGCGGCACUCAUACUCGGCUUCUGAUGGUGAGUGCUCAGUUCAUGCCCUCGCAGAGGUAGAUAUCUACGCCCGCCCGGGCAUGCUUCGCUUCGUGUCACAGGCAGCAUGCACUGCUCGUGCCCAGGCGCCGCGAGCGGUGGCUUUCACAUGGUCUCACGCGCAAUUGACCAGACGGCCUGCCUGCGCGCGACGCGCGCG